UGCCUCGCUCUCACACACUCAGCUUCCAACCCCCGGAGCCGCGGCUUCGUCCUGCUACCUCCCCCAGGCCAGGCCGGGGACCAUGUGAGAACAGGCCGCGACUAGCGCCACUUACACCGCUCUCUGGCGGCUUCAGACAUGGAGACAAACAAUCACUUUGGAAGCUCUGGUCCGCCUCCAUUAUCCAGCGCCUCAGGACUGAAACAGCUGCCUCAAUUGGUGGAACCGGUUUACACAAAUAAUUCUCUUGUAAUAUUUCCUCAGCAAGCAAAAGGUCUGAAUUGCGACAUGCCAGUGAAUGGCCUGAUCUCCCCCUCCAUACCAACUAAUCCUCAUGGGACGUACGCAUCAGAUGCCAUUAGUACCAGUCACUCUACAUCCAAGAACUUCGACUACCUCUGGAAAUACCCCAAGUCUACUAUUGUGAUUGACAGUCAUGGGCAAAGUCCACAUCAGCUCAAUGGUUUAGCAUCUCCAUUGACAAAUGGCCCGUUUUGUAAAGGAAGCUCACAGGACGCCUGGGAAAACUCUGCCUCCAGCCAUCCGGCAUCUCUCACCAUCACUGGUCAAGACUUGUUCAACUUUAGUCAUUCUAAUGUAAAAGUGGCAGCUGCAGUAAAUGAGACGCAUUGCUUUUCUGAGACAUCUCGUUCAGCCCCGGCAUCCCCGAUCUCUAGCAUACAAUGCGUCUCUGUUACCUCUCAAAGCCAGGAAAGACAGCAGGGGAUAGAGUCUAAUGCUGCACAAAUAUUAGAGGCCGAUGGAACCAAGACCGAAGCUGUGGGCUGCUCUGAUGCACAAACAGGUAAUAAAAUAUCUGAGCACAACGGACCAGAUCUGGCAACUGAACGACUUAGUCCCGCUGUAUUUAGCCCAUUUUCGGCUCCAGAUGUCGGUAGUAUGAAUGACCCAUCUCCUCCUCCAACCCAACUUGAAGAGUGCCAUGUCCUCAACUCCGACAUAGAUACCGACACGGAUGCCUCUGAAAAUGAAGCCACUGAUGAAUCAGUCAGCAGUAUGUUAAAUGAUCGGGAGGAAACAGAAGUUGGAGCGCAACAAAGAGACGAGAAUCCACUGGUCAAAUCUCCAGAUUUUGGAUGUAUAUCAAUGUCAGAUGCUGCUUUCUAUCCUGUGGUUGGAGAACUGAAGACCCCUCGUUUAUCUCGUUCUGUGUCUGUAUCUCCUGAGUUGGGAGACUCUGGAGUUCAAGGUAGUUACAAUAAUAAGCCUGAAAUGCAUAAAAGUCCAGAAGGAAGUAAAGCAGAAGAACCCAGUGCUGCAUUAGAGAGCAACUCACAGACUGAAAUUUACACAGAUAAUGCAACCCCCGAACCAAGUGCUACUGUCCCCGACCCCGAGGAGGAAGAAGACAUGGAGCCUGGGGAAGUAAAGGGGGCUGCAAUACGAAGGAGGGUAGCUACUCCUGAAGACGUGCGGUACCCUCUCCUGCAUGGUUGGAAGCGUGAAGUUCGGAUAAAGAAGGGCAGUCACCGGUGGCAAGGAGAGACCUGGUACUAUGCUCCCUGUGGGAAAAGAAUGAAACAGUUCCCUGAGGUUAUAAAGUACCUCUCUAAAUACUCUGGUCCUCACGUCAGAAGAGAACACUUUAGUUUUAGUCCAAGAAUGCCAGUUGGAGAUUUUUAUGAAGAGCGUCACACUCCAGAGGGCACAAAGUGGGUACUGUUGAAAUCAGAGGAAAUUCCUUCACGGAUUUUGGCGAUUACAGGGAAAAGGGGACGUCCUCGUAAUAUGGAGAAAGCUAGAGCCAAGGAGAAUAAGGUGAAGCGAGGAAGAGGUCGUCCUCCAAAAGUGAAGAUGAUUGAUCUUCUGAGCAAACCUGAUGCUAAACUAUUGAGGAAGCUGGAAAAUCAAGAUAUUCUUAGUGAUGUAGAAAAAGUGCAGCUGAGUAAGUUAAGGAAGAAAAUGAGAAGGAAGGCCAGGAGUCAAGAAGCUAAAGAGGCAGCAAAGAAACUAAAAGAAGCUAAAGAAGAGGCAGCUAGGAAACUAAAAGAAGCUAAAGAAGAGGCAGCAAAGAAACUAAAAUUAAGAGAAAGGAAAGCGAAGGAAAAAGAAGAAAAGGCGCAAAAGAUAAAGGAGGCUGAGCAGAUAGAAGUAAAGAAGAACGCAAAGCGAAAACUGAAGGAAAAAGUGGCAACUCCCCCUGUUCCAAAGCCAGACAGGAAGCAGCUUGCACAACAGCGACGCCUGGAAGAACGUAAGCGCCAGCAGUUUAUGUUGGAGGAGAUGAAGAAGCCGACUGAAGAUAUGUGUUUGUCUGAUCAUCAGCCAUUGCCAGACUUUCCGCAUGUUCCGGGAGUAGUGCUACCCGGUAGUGCCUUCCAUCAUUGCUUAAUGACAGUGGAGUUUCUACAGUCGUAUGGAAAAGUGUUUGGAUUGGAUGAAACUAAGGAUGUACCCAGCCUCUUCACCCUACAGGAAGGACUCUUCAAUAUGGGUGACAGUUUAUGGGAGGUGCAAGACUUGCUGGUGAAACUGUUGAAGGUUGCACUGUUUGACCCUGGGCUUCCAUCGUUCUGCCAGUCUUUGAAAAUCCUGGGAGAAAAAGUUUCAGAAAUCAGUUUAACCAGGGAAAAUGUAUCUGAAAUACUCCGUAUCUUCCUGGAGGCAUAUGGUGGUGACAUUGAGGUCUGUGAAAGCCUCCGCACUCAUCCUUUUCAGGCACAUCCACCACACAUCAAAGCUGCUGUGCUUGCAUUUCUUAUUAAUGAACUCAAUGCCAGUACUCUGAUUAUCAGUGAAAUUGAUAAAACUCUGGAGAACAUGUCUAAUUAUAGAAAGAACAAGUGGAUAAUUGAGGGAAAAAUUCGCAGGUUGAAGUUUGCAUUAGGAAAGAAGACAGGACAGCAAGACCUCCAAAUUAACAGUGCAGAGGAGUAUCAGACAAGAAGCAGCACCCGCAAUAAUGAGGAAAACGAAGAUGCUGUGGGUGACGAAUCUGUUUUACUGAAACCACCUGAGGAUGAAGAGGGAGAAAUUUCCUCUAAUGUAAAUACUUUGGAUCUCGAAAGACAGAUAGAAAAACUCACCAAGCGUCAAACGUUUCUGAGAAAGAAAAUCAUUAGCUGUUCUCAGAGGCUUCGAUGCAUGUCCCUGGGUCAGGAUCGGUACCGCAGAUUCUAUUGGUUGCUUCCACACAUAGGCGGCAUCUUUGUAGAGGGAAUGACAGACAGUUCUGGUGAAACUUCCGACACUGCACUACCCGAACUGUCAGAAUUUUCUGGGGUGAAGAAUGAAGAGGAAGAAGGGACAGAAGAUAACUAUUACUCUGCACUCAAUCGCUCACGAGGUCGACCAAGGAAGUCAGAGCAUUGUAAAUACUGUCAGUGUCCUGGGUCUCAGCAAGCUCCACCAAAUGGCCUUUUGCAGACAAAUACGCAUCCUCCUGAAAGCCACCAAGGAAUAAUCCAGACAACAGUGCUGUCGUGGCUGACACGGUGUCAAACUUCUAUUAUGAACAGUGCGGUGUUGACACCUGAGAAUAGUCCUCCUCACACUGAAGGAACGUCUACAUUUGACAUUGGGCCCUGUCCGGGUUCUACCGACACAGAUGAGAAGGAUAACCGGUUGUUCAACUCGCUCCUUAGGACUCCUUGCACUGAAAAUUCCCCAAAUCCCAACUUGCAGUCAAACACUCUCCUUUCCCCAUCCUCUCUCACUGCAACUACACAGCCAAUACAGGUCAGUGGACUGGUAAAUGAACAGCAUCAGCCUGUUGGUUCUCAGCUGCCAUCUGUAUCUACCGUUUGCCAAGUAUGUAACAAGCCUAAGGGCAAUGUCACGACACGGGAGACACAAAGAGGCCGGCCGUCCAGUAAACUGUUCACCCAAAUAGAGCAAAAGUACUACAAUCAACUGAUAGAAAGGCCUAUACCAGAAAAUAUGAAAAAUGCUUGGUGGUGGAUAAAGGACCCAGUUGUGCUGGAAUCCUUGCUGAAAGCUCUUCAUCCACGAGGUAUACGUGAAAAAUCCUUGCACAAACCUCUCACAAAGCAUCUUGCGCACCUCAAGGAGAUGUGCACGAGGCCAAUCACUGAUGCACUCUUUCAGUUCAAACCCACUGAAGGCCACCCUGUGAGCCAAGAAACACUGGACAAAUGGUCAGUUGAGCAGCGGACAUUCCAGGUGGAUAUCUCUGUUCUACAGCGGGUGGAAGACUUGGAACAGAGGGUCAUGAUGUCAGAUUUGCAGCUGCGGCCUUCAUAUCUUUUACAGGGCUGGACCCCUCCUGGGUUAGACUCUAUUCGGAGUGACCUAAAAUACUAUGAGCACAAAGUGGAAGCAUCAGAUGAUAUUUUAGCAAAAGUGAAAAGAGAAGGCCGAGCACACAGGGAGCCAGAUAAUCCAUUAGACAUAGCUGUGCUGCGGCUUCUGGACCUGGAACAGAAUGUGGAAAGAAGAUACCUGAAGGAACCACUGUGGAUACUGAGCGAGGUGCAGCAUGAGAAGAUUGUCAUCACUGACCCAGAGACAUCAACUACCACUGAAACUCAGUACAGCAUUACAUCGCGUCUUCGUUUGUGGCACCAAACAGUGGAUCGAUGCCGAAAUUCGGCUCAGCUCUCCCUUUGUCUGCAGCAGCUUGAGAAGUCCUUAGCUUGGGAGCGUUCCGUUAAUAAAGUGACUUGCAUUUAUUGUCGAAAAGGUGACAAUGAUGACUGCUUGCUGCUGUGUGAUAGUUGUGAUCGCGGCUGCCACACUUAUUGCCAUCGACCUCCGAUAACGGACAUUCCAGAAGGAGACUGGUUUUGUCCCAACUGUAUCUCUUUGCAAGGAGAAAGCGAGUAUCUACGACCCGGUGGCUCCUCAAAAAGAUUCAAAAAAAGUGUGCAACGAUAUCAAGACAACAGUCCCUUGAAGCAGUCUCGUAGAAAAGAGCCAUCAGCAGUCUCUCAACCUUCUCCAGCAGAAGCAUCACUAGCAAAACGGAAACGAAUUGGAACGCGAAGCCAGUGCCCUGAUUUAACAUUUUGCGAAAUCAUCUUAAUGGAGAUGGAGUCGCAUGACGAUGCCUGGCCCUUCCUAGAACCUGUGAACCCACGCCUUGUUCCUGGAUACAGGAAAAUCAUCAAAAACCCUAUGGAUUUUUCUACUAUGCGGAACAAGUUGCUGAAUGGAAGAUAUUCCAGCUGUAAAGAAUUUGCAGAAGAUGCCGAGCUGGUGUUCAGUAAUUGCCAACUCUUUAACGAGGAUGACUCUGAAGUAGGGAAGGCCGGACUCGUUCUGAAAAAGUUCUACGAAAGCCGAUGGGAGGAAUUUAACCAAGAGCAAGAAAACAAUUCCCUUUGAGACUAAAGCGCAGAAUUUUUUUUAGCUCAACAUUUGUAUGUGCAUUUCUGCAACACUGAAAAACGGGUUCAUCUCUCUUGUUGUCCGUUUAUCUUUCAAAGGUGCACACCCCCUCUUUGAAGGAAAAUGAUGGCAACUUAGGGUUUCAUUCACUCGCUUUCUGGUGCCCUUGGGCCCCUUCUUCUAACCCAGUGUGUCCAAAUUCCUUACCUUCCCUCGGUGUCUCUGAGGUGGAAUUCUUUCACCAGGGCAGCCUUGCCUCAACUAGAAGUAGCUGUGCUCCAAGAUUCCUCUGUGCCCAGCUCAUCUUGGCUGCAUCUUCAUUCACAUCUCAGUGUUAAGUAUGCUUAUGUAGACAUGCCUACCGAGUGUCCAUGUGUACAUGAGCCAGUAUGUUUAAUAUCUACUGAACUUGGAUAAUUCAGCUGAAAUAUGCACGUUUACAUGUAUUCCAUUCCUACCUUUACAUUAGCAUAAUGUGCAAAAUGCAUAUAUUUAUACUGUACAUGUAUACAUAGCCAAUACCUUCACAGACAAUGGGCACAAACUUACCUUAUGAUAUACAUCUUAGUUGUGUGCUUGAGUUGUUCAUAAGCUCUCUUUUUUUUUUUUUUACACUUUCAGCAUCUGCUCACUUCUGUCCUGAGGCCGGGUUUUUGACCCUUACAUCGGGCACCAGGACCUACUCAAUAGCAAUAGUGAUGUUGUGCAUUUUGGUUUGGACCAUAGAUGAGGUAUCUGUCCUAUAGCGUGUGGUGUUGUAUGGCCAGUAUUCAGUGCACUAGCUCUGACAGAACAAUAAUUUUGUGUGCCCCAGGCUCCAACCAGGUUUUCUUCAAUGUGCUGCUUCCUUUGGUUAAUCACUGUUUAUGUAAGCCAUUUUUUGUUCCCAUCAUCUUUUGGCACUACCUCCUCCCAUGCCAGUGGCUUUUAUUAUUUUUCUUGUUAUUUGCCCCCUAAUGUUUAGACUCAGAGGUACUAGCUAUCACCUAGUAGAAGUACCUUUGGUCUUUAUAGGCCUUAAGCACUACAGGGUUUCCAGAGGACACUUGCUACACUUUUUUUGUUUUUGUAUUUUCUUCAUUUGACUUUAUAAUACGUUGUGUAGAAUUGAUGUGACCUCUCAAUUUUUAUUUACUUUGUGUAUUUAUUUAUCAUGGUGUCUGUUGUAUAGCCAUUUGCUUUUAGUAUUUAAUAUCUUGACUGUUUGAACAUUUUUCAGAGAACCAAUCCCCUGAAGACUAUUUUUUACGAAUAAGUGUUGUAACAGUCUGUUUUAUACCUUCACCCUGAUGGUGACUAUUGGCAUUUGUUUUUAGUUUUAGUUCAUUCGUUUCCUCAGAAGAAUCGAGUGGUUCAUCUUUUGGCUGGAAUGUUUCAGAAACUGAUUUACAACAAUUAAUACUCCACUGCUUUACUGAGGUCUCUUGUCUUUCCAAGACCAUAGUACAGGACCAUUGUGUAGAUUGAAGGAGAGUAUUUAAUGUUGCUUCUUCUUUUAAUUUCAUGAGGUCUGUCCAGAGUUAUUAUGGAUCAUGGAUCCAUCCGCUAAUCCAGUUCUUUCUGUAAAUGCUGCAGUGAGUAUAGGUAUAUACAUAACACUUGGCAUAUGUAUAGAAGUGUAAACCAGAGUAGAUUUGUGCGGUCUGGUUCAGUCAGCCCCUUAUAAUUUAUUUUGCAUUGAAAGUUCAUUUUACUUUUUCAUGUUUUCUAGAGACAAAUCUUCUCCUUCCAUAAUAGACACUGCAGUGCCAGCACAUUUCACCCCAUUCCUUUGAUCCAAGUUCUGCCUACAAAUAUAGGGAGAGUGUAUCAUUCCCCUCCAUGCCAGUUUUCUGGUGUAAAAAUGUUGCAACAUUUUAAAUGCCAUCGCGCCCUCGCCACUUUACUGAAAAGGAAGGGAGGCGUGAACCACUAGGCGUGAACCCUGGUAUAUUUAUCAUAUUUUACGCCAGUUUUCUGACCUAAAAGAAGACCUGAAAUCUACGCCAUUUCCGAGUUGGCGUAGAUGUCACUUUAGGCACACAGACAGCCGGAGGAUGUGCCUAAUUUAUAACGAGGCCUGUACUUCACCAUAAAUUAGGCCGAUCCUCCGGCUCCACAGGGGAUAUCAUAGACCAGCUUAAAAUCCCCCCCCCCAGAAAUAUAUUUUGGCUUUUGAUAUCUACACAUUUCAGUCUCGUCGUCUUCAGGUUCGUUUUGUAUAGCUGAUCUUGCACUUUAUAAGGGUGAUCUUUCCUAGCCGAACGUCACCAAAAUCUCAUUCACUAGAGGAAGCAAGUCUUAAUCCCUUCACAUCUGAAAGUCCAAGACUCGCACAUGUUGCAAUCUUACAUCCUUUGGAACUGAACAAUGUGGUCGAAUCUUUUUGACUUGCUUUGAGUCCUGCAAGUAAUAGGAACAUCAAUGGGAUAGUGCAGUUGAUAUAUGGAGCAAUACUCGGCUGCAACCAGUGUGUUGCAUUGUAAAGCAAUAAACUAUAAUGUCCUAUGCACUAAACCCAAUAAAAUUUAAUCUUUUUACAUCAAAGAGAAAAUGAUCCUCUGGAAUUUGACACUGGAUUAUUCUUAUUCCCUGUCGUGGGGAUUGCGUUUGGUGUUUAGCUUGUUCCCUCAUAUAUGAAAUGUGUUCUGAGGCGGAACUGGGCGAGGGUAGAUCUUUAGAUGUAUGCUGGCACUGCACUCAGAUAUUUUUAUAUGCAGGAUAUUCAAGAUUUUUUUUUUUUGUUUUGUUUUUUGUAUUGAGUAGUAGACAACAGACUUUAAAAUGAAUUUAUAAAAUGCAGACAUAUUUAUUUUUCUCUAAAUGACUGCCGUAUCUUAAGUAAUGUUAAAGCCUUUUUUGGUAUAUUUUCAGUACUUGAGUUUAAUGUCUAUUUUUUUUUUUUCUGGGAAUUCAUGCUACAAGCAGAAAUGAUCAGGUUAACCUUUAUUAAAGCUGUCGUAAUAUGAAAUUUGUAUGUUACAUAGCAUGUUAGUACUCCUCUAACAAGGCUUUCGCUAUACCAUGCUUUAAAGUGAAUGUCCACCUUUGAAUGUCGUAUUAUUUUUUAGGUCUAAAGGGUCUUUCACAUAGGUCAGUUUUCAGAUGAAAGGAGUAUUGGUUCGGCCUGAUCAUUACCCCGCAUAAAAGGCCAGCCGAUCAGCUAACAAAAACAAGCUCAUUUGUUGGCUGUUCAAUUCUUCUAUGCUGACAUAACAAUGAUCUUUUGUCGGCGGUACAUAUGCCUGUGUCAACGGGGUGCACUGCAGACAUUAAUGUAAACUGAUGUGUGCACGAACUAUCCCAUCAUUUGUGGCCGUUCGUAGUUACUUGUGCAUGUGAAACUCCUUAAAAGAGCCCUCGCUUCUUGAUAUCAUUGACUGGUGAUCAUUACCGGGCACGAAUCUGCCCAUGUGAAAGGACCCUAACAUUAAGCUAAUGUUGGAACUCCACUUUUAAGGCAAGAUAUUCAUGACCAAUUGCCAGCACCAGAAAUAAUACCAUGGAGCCAGAAGCAGACGGCUCUGUCCACUCUGUAGUGACUGUGCUAACUUGGUACAGCUCAGCUACCAUUCAUGGGUGUAUUUACUAUGCAGUUACCACUAAGCUACUCCUGAGACAGGCAACCAGAUUUUUUUCCUGCCACCGUAUGGAUCUAUCAAUAAAUUAAUUGGCAAAAAAAUGUGGAGCUUUUUAGGUAAAAAAAAACAGACAAUCACUUUAAGGUUGAAGGCAGCCUUUUGUUACAACUUGUGGUGUCAGUCUUUUUUGCCAAGCUGAAACCAUCCCAAAAAGACAUGGAAUCAGUUUUAGUAGGAAUUAUUGUCCUAUAUGUCAAUAGUUACAUGGCAGCACUCUUAUGAGUUUGGGUUCGUCCUCUGUUAUGGAAGCAUCCAAUGUUUUGCUUUACCAUCAUGGCCGCUGUUAAGCCCUCCUCUUCCUGAUGAACACAUUAUUUUAUCACAAGCCCAAUAAUCAUUGGCAAAUGUGGGUAUUUUUUAUUCUUGCUGUGCAUGGACCCUUUUUUUAUCAACUUGACUGUCUGAUACCGUAACUGAGCUCUGUCUGCUCUCUUUAAUAAUCCAGUUUGUAAGCUUGUGAGACGGAUGCCCCAACGUUUCAGUGCAGUGUGUGUGUUUUUACAAUUAUGAGGGUUGCUGUGUUUAAGACACAGGCCACAUUGACGGAAGGUAUAUGUAUCAAAACUGGUAGCAGACAUAUACCCAAAAUAUGCUCAACAACAUAAUUCAAAUUCAGAAUAGGAUAAACACAGGUUUAGUCGUUGCGACACUGAAUGAGAGUAUGAGUGUGGAUCGUCUACCAGUGCGCUAAGCAUCUCUGUAUGACCGCAUUCCACUUCAAGGCCAGUCCUGCAGAUUAUAAGGUGCUUGGACCCACACCAGGAUUUACCCCACCAGCUCUCACAUUCUCCUAUAUUAUUUUUUAUAUAUAUAUGUAACCAAACUGUGUUAUAGUGACUUUUGAUAAAUGUACAGUUUUUCUGUGAAUUUAAAAUUAUUUCUUUCUAUAUUUUUAGGACCAAUCUCGUUUUUAAGAAAUGAAACAAAAAAAAAAAUUUAGAACUUCACGUUGUUGCACAUGUGCUGUAGUGUGCCCUUUAGCAGCUGAAAUGAAAUAAAAAUGUCAUAGAAAUAAA